GAUUGUUUAGGAUUUGCGCUUCAUUGACUUGCCUCGGCUACAAGACCUAGUGUAAGUUUCAUGAAGGCUGCAUUUCAAGCGGGAUACACUACCUGUGAUGCCCGGCCUUCAAGUCACUCAUUUCACUCAAUCAGCUUCACAUGGCUGUUGUACAUAGCGUUCUAUGAAAACGGAUUUGAUUGACAAUAUCUCCCACGUGGUUACUUUCACUGAAUAUUUUAAGUGAAAUCAAGUUUUUCAGCGCUGUGCUUCAAAGGAUUUGUGAUAUUUUCCUCAGCUGAUUCACGUGAUUCGUUUAGUCAACCGCUGAAGUUCGUCAUUUGUUUUGCUUCAACCCUUGUCGAUUUCUCAACGUAAAAUUUGCAUAAUUCGCCAAGCGGAUAAUUAGCAUGGUGAUGGGAGGCAACGCUGUAUCGAUAUAAGUGGAAAUGUACUGGUGAAUCAAAUCACAACUCAACUCGAGAAUACGGAACAAAUGAUGUUUCCAAUUUCUAACAGAUCCUAUCUUACUUUGCACGAGCGGUGGCUGUGAUAUAAAAAGUCCGAUCGACGGAUAUCAUACAUUUAUUCCUGGGCCACAGUCAUAUGAAGUGAGGAUUACUACUCAAGUGCGGGGAUUUCUAGCAGAACUUUCUCACUUACAUAUCAACUCUAAUUUCAUCAUCCGUCAGAUAAUGGUAUUUGCCUUACUGUUGGUACUUGCACUGAUCGAAUCCGGACCUCCAAGCGUUCUAGCCGAGACGGGGUGCACUUUAGACGGACGUAAAUAUGCUGUGGGCGAGACGUGGCACCCGGUCCUUAGGCCCCUUGGAACUACACCUUGCAUCAACUGCACGUGCGAACAGACGGGGAAAACCAACUGCGUGACGGAAAAAUGCCCACGUCCAAAAUGUGAAACACCGAUUAUCGUUCCCGGCAAAUGCUGCCUGACCUGCCAAGACCCAUUUGACAACAUUCCUCCUACAGUCCAGACGAGUGACGGAAGUGGGAAGGACACAGACAACCCCGGAUGUAGGUUUGAUGGAGAGAUUUACGAAGAUGGAACAAUGUUUCCAUCCAACCGAACGGGCCUGAAGGCCACGAGGAAUGAUCAGUGUGUCAUGUGCUUCUGUCAGACGGCCCAAGUCCUCUGUCAUCUCAAAACGUGUGAGAAAAAAGAAAGCUGUAAAAAAUACAUUAAUGUUUCCGAUGACUGCUGCCCUCACUGUGAAGAAGAGGACGAUUACGAAGAUUAUGUAAACAAAAUUCUUUCAGGUGAGCGACCAGACAAUGUCUCCGAUUCUGAUUGUACAGCUGGAAAGACGAAUGGCAAAACGUGGCAUCCGUUGAUUGGCACAUACGGCCCUGACAAAUGUGUGCUUUGUAAAUGUAAGGAGGGGAGUGUGAGUUGUAAGAGGAAGGAGUGUGUCCCGGACAAAAAACUCCCGUGCUCAUCACCUGUCCAGAAGGAAGGAGAAUGCUGCAAAACUUGUCCCAAACGAACCCGAGUCACAGAUCGGGGCCGGAACUGCAGGAGACGGAAAGGAAAAGAUGUCAAGCGACGACGGCGACGUUGUAAUAAAAAGGGAGGAAGAAAGCGAAAGAAGCACAAACAGUCUACACCUUCUACAACAACGAGGGUCAUACCCACGUCACUUCCGCCCACCACACCGCCGCCAUCUUUGUUCUCCACCAUGUGCCUGCCAAAACGAGGUGACAGAUACGUUUAUCAGAUCGAAGAGAAACAUUCAAUAACGUUAAUGUUCGACGUGCCGACAGGGAAUUCAGUAGAAGUAUUAAAGUGGACCGUCAGAAAAGGGAGAGUGUCGGAAAUGAUGACAGAAAACAGACCCGCCGCCGCGGUUCGAGCUACGAUAUCCCAGUCCCAGGUGCUAGGAGCCACAAACAAGAGAAACUUCAAGAAGUUCAAGCGGAAGUUGCGUAAGAAAACGCAACGCUGCGAACCAUCAUGUCGGCGGAGAGUUGUCACGAGUUGUUUGAAGAGACUGAAAACCAAAAGUGCAAAAUUUGGAAAACAGUGUGAUAAAAACUGAGAAGAGUUGCCUGCUCAAGUGACUUCAAUCCAUGAAAUGACAUUGUUCUGGCGACAGGAACGAUUUACAUAUCAGUCACGUGACUGGCAGACAUUUUGCUUCGUUCGACCGGAAGUGGUAACAUCUUUGCAGGAAAGGUUCACACCUCGUUUUAUGACUUUCUGUGCGGAUAUAGAGUACUGUUACAUUGUCACGUGACCGGAAGUGACGUCAGGUUGUGAAGCUGUCAGUUUGUGUUUUCAUGUGUCGUGAUUGGACGAGUGGAUCCAAUCAUUUUCAGGGCGAUUGUCAGACAAAACCCGAGGGGUGCAGACUCGAAUCGUAUCUCUUUAACCCGACAAGUUGCUAGGGUUGUAGAUGUAGCCUCCAUGUCUUUAAAAGACGCCCACAGCCUGUAGUGGCUUAUGCACAUCCUGCUCGUGCAUCUAUCAAAGUGCUUAUACUUUUUGUAUAUAUAGACGGUGUAUAAUAUAUAUUUUGUAGGUGUAUAUGUCUCGCGGAAUGGAUGUGUAAAAAUUCGUAUUGAGAUAUAUGAACUAUUUAUAUGAAUAUGUUACAGCUAUUUUGUGAAUAUUUUUGUUUAUACUAGAGUGUGCAGUUGAUCAGCAGAUGCUCACCGUCGAGGUUAUCUAUCUCAAAUUGCGCCAGCCUUAUAUCGAGGACAUUGGCAGAUAACCAAAUUGAGCCAGCCUUAUACCGAGGACACGGGCACGGCACACCGUCGAGUGAUUCAAUAUGAUCGUUUACAUUGUUAAUGUAUUCAAAAUGUUCUGAACGUCCAAAUCCUGAUUUUCAAACCAACGGUUCUAAAAAUUGGUUAAUAGUAGUCGUUAUAGAGGGGAGUCAAAGUACACUAUCGGGUAUAUAAAGAAUACUUGACACUUUUAAUGGAUAACAACUUUUUUAUUCUUUGUAACGCCGUUUCAGGGCAACGUCUUGACCCUACAUCAGGAGAAUGAAGGGGUAAUAUAAAGGUUCCAAAGAAAAAUAAUU